AUGUCAAAUCCAUCCCAACUCCUUCUUUUAGCCGACCACAUCAAACUCUCGCUAUUGGAACGCCAGCGCGCCAUCUCACUCAACCUCGACCCCAACCCAUCCCAAGACUCCAACAUCGCUCGCUCGUUAGAAUCCUUCCGCGAAGGCAUUGCCUCGCUCUCCUCGAAUCCAGACAGCGACAGCGACAGCGCCGCCGCCGCCACCCUCUCCCAACUGCGAUCGCAGUACAGUGAUCUCGCGCGACAAUUCCACGGCGAGCCCUCCACCACCACCGGCCCUACGACUCUUUCAUCCCCCAACGACCCGUCUCUCCAAGACGAUUUUGCCCGGGCGCAGUCGCACAAGUCCAACGAUCUGUCGAGAUCGCGGUCCUCGAAUUUACGCAAGAAAGAUGGUAGUCCUAGCACUACAACAGCCACUACAGCGUCGCACGGCGCGCAGGCCAAGAACGUUCGGUUCCACGACAACCCGUCCCAGGAGUCGCUCGACGCCGAGGACGAAGCAGCCCGCGCCGCCCUCUUUCCGGCGCGGUACACUGAUGACGACGAUCGUGCGCCGACGCCCGACCCGACGGCGUCGAUGGACAAUGUUCAGAUCCACGCGUACCACCAGCAGGUGAUAGCUGAGCAGGAUGAGCAGCUCGACAGGCUAGGGGAGAGCAUAGGUCGUCAACGCCAUCUGGCGAUGCAGGUCGGCGACGAGCUCGAAGGGCAGAUUGCGCUUCUUGACGAGGUCGACAGGGGCGUCGACAGGCACCAGAGUAGACUUGACGGGGCCAAGAAGAGGUUGAAGACUGUUAGUCAGAGCGCGAAACAGAAUUGGGGCAUGACGACCAUUAUAGUCUUGAUUGUUAUUUUGGUCUUGUUGAUUGUGCUAUUAAAGUGA